AUGCAGAGCGGUUCCAGCGGAGCUUGUCUGAGUUUCAGCUCGACAGCGAGCGGGCUGUUGGCUCCAGACGCGCUUCCUGUGCCCGUGAGCCUUACCAGCAGGAAGCGCGGCAGCGGGGGCGUGAGAGCUUCGCACGUAAAAUCGGAGAGGGAUCGAGAGGCUGACGGCUGCGGGUGGUCGGCUGCUGCGGAAGAAAACGCGUUCACGACCAGCGCGCCGUCGUGGAGCGGCAACCCGUACAACCUGGUCGCGCUCGAAAAACCUGAAGAAUGUCUGUCGAUCGGUGAAGCGUUCACCGACACCUGUCUGACGUUCGCGCUGGACGGGCGCUUGACUCCCGAGCAAGUCCUCUAUCUUGAGCAAUGCUUCAAGAAGGCCAUGGUAACAGAUCUGAAAGACUGCGUUCGCGCAAGCGGCACCACAGUCCCUGCCUCGCUGCGUCGCGCGCCGCCUUCACAGAAGAAGCAAUUCCCGAAGGCUCCAGGGGCAUCCUCGCGAGUGUGGACGCUCAAAGGCACGUGCGUGUCCUUCAAGAGAGAGAGCGACGCGUCGCGCAUGAUUCUCGAAGACGCCUCGCUGAACAUAAAGGGCCUCUUUCUUCCUUGCAAACGCCUGUGUCUGGUUGACGUGUCUAGGCGCCAAGCCAAAAAGCGGAAACUGUUUUAG